AUGUUUUCCAUACUUGCCGUUCUUUUGUGGUCUUUAUUAGCAGCUGGACCUGCCUUUUCGCAGUUUCUCUCUCCUCCUACGAACUUGACAACUGCAUCUCGUCAUCCCGCAACUUAUCAAGUACGCUACAAAGAUGUCCCGCCGGGCAUCUGCGAGCAAAGAGACGACAUUAAAAGCAUAAGCGGAUAUGUCGACGUGUCAGCUGAGGAGCACAUGUUCUUCUGGUUCUUCGAGGCGAGGAAUGCAGAUCCGACUACGGCACCCUUGACCACAUGGAUCAAUGGCGGACCUGGAACCAGCUCGAUGGUAGGAUUGUUCCAAGAGAUUGGGCCUUGUGCAAUCGAUGCAAAUGGGAACGUUGUCAACAACCCUUACUCCUGGACAAAUGCCAGCAAUCUGCUGUUCAUCGAUCAGCCCGUGCAGACUGGAUUCUCAUACUCAACAACGACACCCGGGUAUAUCAAUCCGGAAGACGGAUCCGUCGUCCUUGCGCAAGAUGACAUCUGUCCUUCCGACGAAGUCACUAAAGGCACGUGCGGGACAUAUUCGAAUCCCAAUGACUUGAUUGGGCUUCCGGUCUCGACCUUCACGGUAGCCUCUGCGUUUUAUGCGACUUUGCAGGGAUUCAUAGGAGCUUUCCCACAGUAUGCGAGGGAGGGAUUCCAUUUCGCAACUGAGAGCUAUGGGGGCCACUACGGCCCAGUCUUUGCCGAGUAUAUUGAGGCCCAAAAUGCGAGACAAAUACCAAAUACGACGAAGAUCAGUCUUGAGUCGGUGACUAUUGUAAACGGAUGGAUCGAUCCCCUGAUACAGUAUGCCGCUUACUAUAAUUUUACGGUAUCUCCCGGAAACACGUAUGACUAUAUGCCAUACAACGACUCCGCCGCGUCGUCGCUAUACUCCACCGUCUACGGGUCUGGUGGCUGCGUUGACCAGUUGCAAAACUGUAAAGCUACCGGGACGAAUGCCGUUUGUGCGGCAGCCGACAAUUUCUGUCUGAACUACGUCGAGAACUUCUACGACGAGGUCACCGGCCGCGAUGAGGAUGAUAUCAGAGAACUCGAACCUGAUCCGUAUCCCCCAGAGUCCUACGUCCGCUAUUUGAACGACGCAACGGUGCAGGCAGCGAUAGGUGCCUAUGUAAAUUAUACGGAGCAGUCGGUUGCAGUGGCGAAUGCGUUCAACACCACAGGCGAUGAUGGUAGAUUGGACGGCACUACAACAGACGUCUUGGUGCUUGUGGAACAAGGCGUUGCUGUCACCAUGGUAUACGGAGAUGCGGACUACAACAGCAACUGGCUCGGCGGCGAAGCCGUCUACAACUCCAUCCCCGUCCUGGGCUCCUCGACCGCCGGCUACGUCGACAUCUCCACCUCCGACCUCGUCGUCCACGGCCAAGCAAAGCAAAACGGCGCCUUCGCCUUCGCCCGCAUCUACGAAUCCGGUCACGAAGUGCCCUACUACCAGCCUCUGACGGCACUAGCCAUCUUCGAGCGAACCAUCCACCGUUACGACAUCGCCACCGGACAGAACCUCGUCAACCCAGGCUUCGUCACCGUCGGGCCCGCGGAGAGUACGUACCGUGAGGGCAAUGCGACGGUGAAGUUCGCGCUGGAGGGGAGUGGCGGGGAGACGAUUGUUGAUGCUACGACUUAUGAGAAUGUGGUGGACGGGGAGAGUGCUCCUUCGCGGCAACUGCUCGCUGAGCUCGAGGCUGUCGCGAAGGGAAAGCUUGCGAUGGCGAAUGCUACGGCUUAUGGCAAUGUUCUGGAAGGGCUGAAGGAGACUGGGGAGGAGAAGGAUCCGAUCCAUGUGAAGAAGAGAGGGGGGAAGAUGCGAAGAGGCGGGUUGAUGCGAGAUGACGUGACGGGCGUUGAAAACGAUGGAUUUAGUCGGAGAGGGUUGCAUGAUUUGGGGACCCUGAUCAUUGCCACUACAGCCCCUUUUCUUCUGGAAGAAGGGUGCGCAAUCAGUUUAUUCUACGCAGUUUUUUAUGAUAGAAGUGUUGUCCUCUCCAGCAACAUAGUCGGAGACCAAAAGUUUUGGCUUGCGACUCGAGAUGUAAGAGCCACAUCAACGUACUCUUUAGUCAUGUCGGACCCACUGAGCAUCGCAGCUGGCAUAGUGGGUGUCAUUACGGCUGCAGCUCAGAUAUCUGUACUUUUGACCAAUUUCACAAAAUCCACCAUCGCAGCGCCACAGCAGGCUCAGGUCGUACUCACCGAGGUGAGCGACAUAGGUGGAAUCUUGUCGCAUCUGCAGACAUUUCUUCUCGGGCCAGACUCACCUAACAGAUCAAGGACUUCCUUGCUCAAGGUGGAAAAGGUGGUGACCAUUGUCGGUGGCUGCGUGCAUACGUUCUCAGAGCUUGAAAGGCUGCUCGAUGAACUGAAGACCGAAGAUUUGAACGUGUUGGAUCGCUUGAAAUGGGCGAGAAAGGAGCCAGUGAUCGUGAGUCUUAUCGACAGGCUGCAGAACCACAAGGCAUCGUUAUCUUUGGUGCUCAAUAUUGUGAAUGGGUUUGUCCCUAUCCGCCAAGAGCUGUCGUCCGAGUGGGUGCUGAUAUUUCGUAGACACACGAUUGCCGAAGCCACAGACUCGGUGAGCCGACUGCACGGAAUCGUAGAGCAAUGCUAUAAGGAAAUGUCAUCCAGAGUACAAGCACUGGAGAUUCUGGAUCUGCAGAGGAGGGGCGGUGCAGAUUGGAUGUCGGUAGACGAUACGGAGUCUCUUGCAACCAUCCAUGCACGCCCGCCUGAUUUGAGCUAUGAAGAAGCCAUUGGGAGCGAAUUAUUACGCUUCGACUUCUCGGACGAUUUACAAAGGUCUCGUGUUUAUAGGAGGACCCAGGCAUUUCGCAAGUCUGUCAUUUCCGCAUUAACGAACAAUGUGUACUCGCUGGGAUGGUCGUACUUCUCAGACUUGAGUAUGGCAGAAGUGUCAAACAUUUCGGUGAUAAACCUGGCGAUCACCGAGGAAGAAACUUACAAUCCUCAACGAUCCACGCAGACAUGGUCAGCCCAAGCAAAGGAGAGGGCGUCUACCGGCCCUUACAACAGUGAUUAUAGAGAUAGACAACACACUCAGCUACAUAACGUCCGUGAACCAAUUCCAGCAAAUAGUUCUGCAGCUGCUCGGGGACGUCGGCCGGCGUCCACCCGGACACAGCAGCAAAGUCUCCACCGGGCUCAUUCUCUACCCCCAUCUCACCCAUUUGAGGAUCGUUACAGUCCUUUCCAGUUGGAGGAGCACUAUAGAGACAAGACCAGUGCAAAUAUUACUGAAGAUCCAGCCCCGAAAUCUAAUCUACCACUGGCGGGUCCCUCAGAUCCACUUCUAUAUUCACAACCCCAGAGUACCUCCUCACAAUCUUACGAACCAAUGGAAGACGAGCCAGCUUAUCCGUGUCGAGGUUGCGGGAAGAUAAUAGGAGAAUGGAGAGCGUUUGAACUUGGUGAACCAUACAUAUUCUUCAUCAGAUACUGUCAAGCUAAUGCAAAUGCAGGGGGCAGCCGUUGGCACCUUGACUGUUUCUGUUGCAACACCUGCGGUAUCAUUUGGGGCCCCGCUGCCAAUCUCGGCCUCCUCGGCGACGGGUCACUCAUCUGCAACGACUGUACGAAUAGCUGA